CUUACAACAUCAGCUAGCCAUGAGGACCCGCAGCCUCCUCCUCCUCGCGGUCGCCGUCUGCGCCGCCGCCACCGCCGCCGCGCGCGGCGCCUCGGCGCUCAUCGUCGGGUCGUGGGACCCGAUCAGGGACAUCUACGACCCGCACGUCCAGGAGCUCGGGAGCUGGGCGGUGGCGGAGCACGUCAAGCAGGCGCCGGGCGACGCCGGGCUGACGUUCCGCAGGGUGACGAGCGGCGAGACGCAGGAGUUCGACGGCAUGAACUACCGCCUCGUCCUCCUCGCGGGGCGCGGCGGCGGCGACGACGGCUCCUACACGGCGCAGGUGCUGGAGCAGGACUGGAUCAACUCGCGCACGCUCGUCUCCUUCAUCCCGUCCAACUGAUCUGAUCUUUUCCUCUUUUUUUUUGAUGGUUUUUUAAUUACUGUAACUCCUGUGUGGACAGA